AUGACAAAUACCCUCAAACACCAAAUUGAUCUCAAGCAGAUCUCUUCGCACUCCUACACUAUUUCUCACCAUGCCGACUGGACUAUCGGGCCUGUCCUCCACGGCGGCAGUAUCGCCGCCGCCAUCCACCUUGCCGCCUCAACCCAUUUUAACACGACGCUGGCGGCACAGAAGCAGCCCGAUGUUUUCACCAUCCACUUCGAGUUCCUUCGCGCCUGCGAACGAUGCGAAAACUCCAUCUCGGUCGAUGAUCUCAAGGUCGGUGCGGGCACCAGCACCAUCCAGCUGCACCUCUCGCAGAAUGGGCAGAUAAAAGUCAUUGCGCUAGCAACAUCCAUUAACUUCGAAAAGUCUGUCGGUCCCACAGCAUCUACAGCCUGGAGUCUGCAUCCAGCCCCCAAACCGGCUCCGGAUUUCGACGCAGUGCUAGCACACCGUCCCGAUGGGAAUUGGCUCCCAGCCCACGUCGCCGGCGACCUCCUCCCCCUCACCCGCCGCCAGCUAGUGCUGAAUCCACGAGACGGCUUCCCAAUAAACAUCUAUGACGCGUGGAAUACCUUCCUAGGCCAGGAGCGAAUGGACGCUACAUACCUAGCGUUGAUGUCCGACUGCAUCCCCUCCAUGUCCGACACGCUUCUGCAGAAUUGCGGCCCGUACGACGCCCAAAGCAACUUUAGAAAGCUCGAGCAAUGGGCUAUUUCAAAUCCUGGUGUUCCCGCCGAGCUGACCAACACGUUCGAAGAUGCCAUGGAAGCCACGAUAUUCAACAACACCGUCACUCUGGACAUCGAGUUCAAGCGAAGACUACCGGAAGAUGGCGUGAAGUGGACUUUUACGAGGGCUGCGACUCGGAUGUUAGAAGGGGGGAGGAUGGAUCUUGAUGUUACAAUUUGUGACGAGAAGAUGGAAUUGCUCUGCUUAGCCCGCCAUGUUAUACUGGUUCUUGAUGCAAAGAAGAAGUUUAGAGUUGGAAAGGCAAAAUCUACUCUCUAGAUAUAUACCGCGUAUUGGUCUUUUUAUAUAUGGGAUUCUUUAAAGCAUUCUUGGCUUGCAACAAAAUGCAGUCCUUGUUACCAGUUAAUACCUCAUAAUUAUAUCAUAAAAUAUGGUAAGCCAUAUCUUGUGCCCCUCUCAAAAGGUACCAGUUAUCUCUCAAGUGUAUCCAGGUAGAAAUAGAGAAGCUCAUUGUAUUGAAAA